AAGAAGUGAACAGGGACACUGUGAGACAGAGACCUGAGUCGUCCACACAGACGGAAGACAGAGCGUGCGGUGAAACGUCUCCUCCAACACAAAGCUGCUGCACUUCAGUUCCUACCACGGUGGGAGAUAUUUUCACGAAGUCCAGACACGGUCCUUGUUCUUCUGAGAGGUUCUGUGGGUGAGAACAACAAAAACAACUACGCAGCUCCGCUAGGAAUCGCAGGUCUCAAGCUCCACUAUCGUCUGCAAUCAUGAUCAAAUUGUUGUGUGUGGCGAUUGUUGCUGGAUUGGUUUUCGAGAGCAACCAGCAGAGACUGGAGGCCAAGAAACUAGAGCCAGAGAAACUGGAGCUCAACCAACUGGAGCCAGAGAAACUGGAGCUCAACCAACUUCCUACAAAAUUUCCCUGCGACUAUCCAACCCACAUCCAAUGCUGGACGGACUGGUUUGACAGAGAUGACCCCUCUGGAACUGGAGACUGGGAAUUGCUCUACAAUCUUCGUAUUGAGAACCCAGGAAAGAUCUGCCCCAAACCAAUCCAAAUCGAGGCCAAAACUCUGACUGGUCUCAGUGCGGCUGCAGCCGGGGAUGUGAUUUUUAAAAGCGACACAACCACAGGAUUCAUCUGCAAGAACCAGGACCAGAAGUCCAAGAAGAUGUGCAACGAUUAUCGCGUUCGCUUCAGCUGCCAUCCCCCGUUCUGUGGCGGAGUGUGCUGGACCAACUGGUACGACCGGGACCGUCCCUCUGGGACAGGGGACUGGGAGACUUUGAGUGACCUGAAAAAAACAUACCCAGGAGAGAUCUGUGACAGCCCGAUGUACAUUGAGGCUGUCACCACUGACACCAUGACCCCAGCUAUCAGCACAGGGGAGAACUUCCUCCACUACAACCCAACUGUGGGAUUCGUUUGUCGAAUGGUGGACCAGAUAGAUGGCGAAUGUCUCAACUAUAAAGUGCGGUUUGGAUGCCCGUGCAAGUGAUUCCACGGCAACACUGAGGUGCCGCGGCGAGAGAGGACCCCUUUCCAAUUUUGAUCUGCUAUAUCUUUUCUCGUUUGAUUAUAUGAUUUGCUUCUCCUGAUUGAGAACCACACAGAAAUCUGCUUUUUUCACGGUCAAUUUGUGGUAAUUUUAUCAUUUAAAUCAAUUAUUUUCCUGCUGUGAAAACAAAUUUUUAUCUUCAGUAGAAAAUACGUAUUAGGUGCUUUUUCUCUUUCUU